AUGGGCUGCGUGAAUACUAAAACUUCUAUUAAAUCUUAACCUCAAUCAACAACAAAGAAUUAGAUACAAAUAUAAUCAAAUACUCAAGACGAAAGUCCUUACGUGAUUAAGAAGAACCCAAUAUUCCAAAGAAGGGCCUCCUCAAAAUCCAUCGUUAGUCCUUUACAAACUGCUUCUUUCAUCCACAGAAAUAAGUGA